AUGCUCCGCUCCAUCCCUGCGAACCGCCUGGUAGCGGUCGUGUCUGGCAGCAGCGUCCUGGUAAAGUGCCUAUGGGGGUCGGUUCUGCUCCUUUAUCUUCUCUCCUUUUGGGUCGACACUUGGCGUGUCUUGGCUGUCACUCCAGGCCUCCUGCUGCUGCCCCCCAACCUUUGGCUGUGGACCCUGUUCACGCAUGGACUAGUGGAGCUUCACAUCUGGGACGUUUUGGCAAACCUUCUUUUGACUUUGGGGGCUGGUCGGAGACUGGAACCACUUUGGGGGGCCCCGGAACUCCUACUGUUUUAUGGCGUUGUGAGCAUUUCUGUGGGUGUCUUGAGCUCCCUCUGUUUCCUGGUAGCCUACGCGGCCUCUUCCAACCUCAACUUCCUCUUCAACACCCGAAUCCAUGGUUUUCCCGCUUUUGCAGGAGCUGUUUUGGUGGCACAUAAGCAGACUGUCGGAGAUGGACUGGUGGAUUCCCAAAGAUGGGUCCGGCUUCUGCCCCAGCUGGCCCUUCUGGGUGUGGCGGUGCUGACGUUGGCUGGUUUGAUCCCCAGCCCGAUGUUGGUGGGGUACAGCCUUGGAAUGGUAUCCGGUUGGGUGUAUCUACGCUUCUAUCAAAGACACAGCCGAGGCAGAGGAGACAUGUCUGAUCACUUCUCCUUUGCUAGCUUCUUCCCUGGUCCUCUUCAGCCGGCAGUGGCUCUCCUGGGCAACCUGACGCACGCCUUCUUGGUGAAACUGCGGCUGUGCCCGCGAGCGGUAAAGAGAUAUGAUGUUGGGGCUCCUUCGUCCAUCACCAUCAGCCUGCCUGGAACUGACCCUCAAGACGCAGAAAGGCGAAGGCAGCUGGCGUUGAAGGCUCUAAACGAGCGUCUGAAACGAGUAGAAGACCAGACAUCAUGGCCAAACAUGGAUGAAGAAGAGGAUGAAGACUCCAUACAGGAGACCUCCUUUAACAGCAGUGAUCAGCCACACACUCCGGCAGCUCACGAGAAGAGCGAGGCGGCACUCACGGUGUAA